GCUAGGAAACUGGACCAUGAAAACAAAUACACCUGGGGAUAAUCUAUUUGUAACAAUUUCAGUAAAUCAUCCAAAACAUGGUGAAUAUUUCUCAGCUUCAUUGAUGGCCAAAAGAGUAUCAUCCUCCACACAUACUGAUCUAGAUUUAUUCUUUUGGCUAAGGCCUCACAAGAUUGCAUUAGGGAUAUAUUGGCAGGCUCUUAAGCUUUGGUGGAAGGGUGUUCCUUUCUUGCAACAUCCAAGGUACUACAAUCCUAGAUACAGAGAAGAGGCCAUACUAUCUGAUGAGAAGCUUCAAUGUUGUCCGGCGUUUGUAUUUGAGACACAGAACAAUCAACAGGCUGGAGAGCAUUGUUCCAAUCCUGCAGAUCACUCAACUUCAAGACAUCAUGGCUUCACUUGGAGGGAUGCAAAAUGGCCCUGGUGCUAAAAAGA